GCCCACUAGAAACACCCAGUAACAAACUUCCCUUCCUUGCUUGCCCUUUUCUUUGCUUCAAUUCCCCUACUCCCAACCUACUUCUCCUCCUUCAUAUUCAUUCUCCCUUUCCUACCUCCUCUCAUCCCAAAUCCCCCCCUUUCUCAACCCACAACAAAAUUUCCAAAUUGAAACAAACAAGAAACAUGUUGGUGAAUCCAGAAAUGUAUGAAGGAAGUGCUUGUUAUGAUCCAACUCAACUAGACUCCCUAAUAGACCAUCAAGAUGACACAACAAACUUAUCACAAACACAUCUCCACACCUUCCAUCAACCACCCAACUUCCCCUCAAUUGAACAACAACAACCAUCAACAGAUUACCAUCUCAUGAACAUGGAAAUGGACCACCACCACAACCAAAUCAUGCAUGAUCUCAACUGGCACAAUCAACUUCAAGUCGAAAACGACAACACUUGUAUCCCAAACAUGUCUUUACUAACUCCCAACCCCACCCCACCUGAUCUCCUAAACUUAUUCCAACUACCAAGAUGCUCAAACUCAUCAAUCUCAUUUUCAAACCCGACCAACAUCGAUCAAACAUCAUCGUACGAUCCUUUACUACCAUUAAACCUUCCUCCACAACCGCCCUUCUUUAGAGAACUGCUUCAUUCGUUGCCCAACGGGUAUAAUUUGACGGGUGGCGGCUUGAUUUUGGGUGAGAUGGAUAUGGAGAGAGAUCAUCAAUUGUAUAAUGAAGGGGAUGGGAUUUUGAAGUUUAGUAGAGAUAUUGUUGGAAAAGGAAGAGAUGGUAAAGAUACAAAACAUUUUGCUACUGAAAAACAUAGAAGACAACAAUUGAAUGACAAAUUUGAUGCUUUGAAGAAUUUGGUCCCAAAUCCCACUAAGGCGGAUCGAGCAUCGGUUGUAGGAGAUGCAAUAGAAUACAUAAACGAGCUCAAACGAACAGUGGAGGAACUCACAAUUCUUGUGGAACGAAAAAGAUGUAACCGAGGAAGGAUGAAGAAGCACAAAAUCGAAGAUGAUUCGACAUUAGAUGUCGAGAGCAUCAACACUAGGCCGAAUGGCGGUGGUGAUGACCGACAAGGGUAUAAUGGAAAUUCGACUUCCGCAUUGAGGAGUUCUUGGCUUCAAAGGAAGUCGAAGAACACUGAGGUCGAUGUUCGAAUCAUUAAUGAUGAAGUUAACAUCAAAUUGGUUCAACAAAAGAGGAUCAACUGUUUGUUACUUGUUGCUAAAGUUCUUGAUGAACUUCAGUUGGAUCUUCAUCAUGUUGCUGGUGGGCUAAUUGGUGAUUUCUAUAGUUACCUGUUUAAUACCAAGAUUUGUGAAGGGUCAUCUGUUUAUGCAAGUGCCAUAGCGAAUAAGCUGCUUGAGGUGGUGGACAGACACUAUGCAAGUAUCCCAGUAGCUACUGGGUAUUAGUGACGAAAUUGACCUUCAAGUUGUGGAACAAGAUGGCAUCAGUGGAGGCAAGGCAAGGUUCUAGGGAAUUUGGUUUAGUUUUAUUAAUUAACAACAUAAGGAAGUUACUACAACACUACUAAUUAGCUAUUAGACAAUAAAUGCAAGGGUAUUUUGGACAAUGACAAAAUGUUUAUCUACAUAAUAUAUAUUUUGGGAUUUAUCUUUUA